UGCAGAAAUAAUAAAUAGUGGGGAGAGAGUUGUGAUUGAAUGUUUGUUUGUACAGUUAUGGCUGUAAUGUUAUUAUUUUGUGUUCUCACUAAACACCCACAUUUGUAUUUGUGUGGGAAAUGUUUGUAGGCUAUGGUGUUUGCUGUUUGUAUUUCAUUGAACUUUAGGCCCAUACAAAGACAAAUCACACAACAUAGACUACCAAAUAACCUUAGGCAAAAAUACACGAAAUAAAAGUCAAGUGAAAAUAGUUAUAAAUGACUUUAUCAAUUAUGAGUAGCUAAACAUUAUCGACUUUUGGACACUGAUGCGCAGGAGAACCCCUAGCUGUCAAUCAAGCAGGCGCGGUGAACGGAUUAUGACGCUCAAGCGUUCCAAAUGACGCAACAAUACAGCUCCAGACCAGAGAAAGUUAAUGCCGAGGAUAUUAUUCGGUUCAACACUAAAACUGAGGUUUGACACGUGUGAUUUGAGGCUAGAGCUUGAGGACUCAACUCUGAAGACUGUUUCUGAAUUCACUGACCUGAAAUAAAACUUGUAGACCUUUCCUGCAGUCUCUGAGGAGAUGGACACCUCUUCUUCUUCUGGACGAUCUCCGUCUCCUACUGGGACUGUCUUCUUACCCCCUCCUAUCAUGUGGAACAGUCUCUACAAGCAGGCAGAGAUGGAGGUUUACUUCCCGAGAGAAGAGAAGAAGACCUGUACAGAGAAGGAAGCCCACAUGCUUGAGUUGAUGGGGAAGGAUCAAACGAUCCGAAAUCAGAAGAAGGAGAUGGGCAGACUUCAAGUGUGCCUCUGGGAGGAGGAAAAGAAGAAGAGGAAUGGUGGAACGGAGAAGGACAAGAUCAUUGAACAAUUACAGUCUGAGACAGACCACCUCAGAGCCCUUUUAAAAGAUGAAAGGAGGAGAAGAAGAGUAGAAAGGGGUAUACUGAAAGAGUGGAAGGCUGAGAUCCUGAGACUGAGGGAGGCAGAGAGCCAGAGGGAGGCAGAGAGCCAGAGGGAGUCAGAGAGCCAGAGGGAGGCAGAGAGCCAGAGAGAUGCAGAAAGACAGAGAGAAGCAGAGAGACAGAGAGAAGCAGAGAGACAGAGAGAAGCAAAGAGACAGAGAGAAGCAGAGAGACAGAGGGAGGCAGAGAGAGAGAGGGAAGCAGAGAGACAGAGGGAGGCAGAGAGACAGAGAGAAGCAGAGAGACAGAGGGAAGCAGAGAGACAGAGGGAAGCAGAGAGAGCCACAGAAGCAAUGGAGCACCAGAGAAAACUGCAGGAGAUCCACAGACUCAACCAACUGCUGGAUCUACUGAUGGUGGACCUACAACUGGCCCACGUAAGACAUGUCAUUGUUAUUAUUAAAAGGCAGUGUAUAUUUACCCAGCUGAAAAUGAAUAGUGGCAGACAGCGGUACGCUAACCCAAUGUUAACUUUCAUUCCUUUCCUUAACCCUUACCUUAACCUCACUGAAACUAUACCUAACCUUUACCUUAACCCAACCCUAGGUCCUGAACCUAACCAUCAUUUAUCUCAACCCCUAUGCCUUUCUUCUGCCGGUUGAAUAUCCACUUCCUUAUUAACGUCAUUCCUGUUGUUGUU